AUGGCACUGGGCAACAAGCUCACAGCAGCUCAUUUCGACGACGUCGUGGUCAAGCUGCAUGCAGCUGUGGAAAGCCUCCUACAGUCGCGAGGCCAUGUGCAGAGCACGAAAGCUGAAAUCGAGCUGCUGACACAGGUGGAAGUGGCCAGAAGGCUUAUGAUAGACAGCCUGUACGAGCCCGAUGACCGAAAGGCCUUGAAAGAGAUUUUCGGUGGAGAUCUCGCAAGAGUCUGCCGUGUGCGAGUAGCUCUGGAGCAACUGGACCCUGCAACGAUUCCAAGAGCUGGUCAGCAGCUCUCGAAGUGUUUAAUGGCAUGCCAGUCCAUUGAGGAUGUCUUGGCAGAUCUUGGCUUCUCCAGGGCUUUGCAGGAGGCCAAGGAGCAGCAGCGCCAG